AUGGAAGAUGGACUUAAGUGCAUUUUGAGUGUUCUUUGGAUUUGUAAUUCACUUGUAUUGGAGAAAACAAAAAUAGCAAAAAUGUUGGUAGAUGGAAUACUUGGGGAUAAGAGGUAGUAUUGUAAUCUAAAAAUUUUUAGGGGUGGUGGACAGUAUUCAGAAGUAGGAGAUGGAUUUAAGAUUGGGAAAUGGAUUGAAUUGAGUGAUGAAUUAAAUUAAUUUGAGUAUAUCUCUUUCGCAGUAGAAUGCAAGAAGGAUAAAAAAGUUGGUAAAUGA